AUGGCAGAUUCACCCACCACCGGCAAAAAGCCCUCACGCAGCCAAAUCAAGAUCAACUCGAUUGACCAAGUUGAGUUGUAUGAAGAGAUAGGACGCGGUGGGUUUGGGGUGGUAUACCGCGGAAUAGAGAAAAUUGCAUCGACCGAAGUCGCAAUCAAGGUGAUUGACUUGGAACAGGACGCGACCGAUUUGAUUGAAAUCAACAAGGAGAUCCAGAUUUUGAGUGAGUGUCGGUCGCCGCAGAUCACUUCUUACUAUGGCUCGUUUGUCAACAACUACCAGCUAUGGGUGGUGAUGGAGUACAUGGACUGUGGCUCCGUGUUUGACUUGUUGAAGGCAGGCACGAUGGACGAGACCACGACUGCUGUCGUCGCCAAGGAGAUCUUGUUGGCGUUGCAUUACUUGCACGACCUGGGCAAGAUACACCGGGACUUGAAGAGCCAGAAUGUCAUGGUCAACUUCAGGGGAGAGGUGAAGUUGACCGAUUUUGGCGUGAGCACCCAGUUGAACUCGAAUUUUUCCAAACGAAACACCACGGUGGGGACGCCGUAUUGGAUGGCUCCCGAGAUCAUCCUCAACUCGAGUGGCGGCCACAGUUUCAAAGCCGAUAUUUGGUCGUUGGGGUGCUGUUGUCAUGAAAUGAUAACGGGGAAACCGCCUUUGCAAGAACAUCACCCCGCGAUGAAGGCCUUGCGCAUGAUAUCCCAGUGCGAGAACGAUGGCGAUUACGUCAAGAUGAUUGGUUUGGCUGAUAAUUUAGAUAUGAGCGAACAGCUCAAGGAUUUCCUAAGGAGCUGCUUCAUUGAGGAUCCGCGGGCCAGAUUUAGUGCUCGAAAGUUGUUGAGACACAAGUUUAUCACUGCGAACACCCCUGAAGGGUCUGAGGGCCACCAUUUGGUCAAGAAGAUGAUUGAAAGGAAACGGUUGUGGGACCGGCUGAAUUCGAGUGGCAGGGGCCCAAAAAAUUUCUACGUGUCUGCUGCGAAGAAAGUGCCGUCGCCGGCAACAAUAGUGAAAGAACCCAGUGUGGCGCGAUUCGUUUUCGACGACCACCAUCAUUCUGUCAAGGUUAAUCGGGAAACUGAAAGAGUGCUAGAUAAAUGCUUGCAGAAAUUGGAAUCGAAAAUAGCGUUGAGCAAAGAAGAGCGAGACGUGGUAUUGCGACUAAACCAGGGCUUGGGUAGUUUAAGCAGCGAGAUCUUGACCACGUAUGUCAGGAUAUUGUUCAAGAUGACGGCGAGCGAGGAGAGGAAUGGUGAGCAAGGGAAAUCCACGAGAAGAGACAAGAGGAGGCGACUGGGCAAGAACCCCAAAAUUGAGGAAAUUGAACGCAAUUUGUUGAAUUCCUGGAUCAAGAAAAUGAAAGAGUCGCACUGA